GUAAUAUCCCUAUUUGGCUGUUUCCAAAGCCUCUUAUUCAAAAUAUGAAAUCUAAUAGAGAGGAUUUAAUGCUAGAAAUCCAUCAAAGCUUUUAGAAUUUUAGAAAGUUUUGGAGGGUUGUGAGAUUCUGCUGGGUGCCCACUCAUGUGGGUAUAAAAGGGAAUGAGAGAGCAGACAAAAUAGCAAAAAAAAAAAUCAACAAGGAUGAGCAGUGUUUUAAAUAUACCCUUAGGUGGGACAUGGAUAGUGAUGGAAGGACAUGUUUGCAGAAAUCUAUGCACAGGGUGUACAGAUUUUGUUAUUUGUCCUUAUAUUUCCAUAGAAUAAGUAAAUCUUCAUAUAGAGGAAAUGGAAGUCAGUGGAGUAAAUAGGGCUCUCUGUAUGCUGGCCACUGGCUGAUGUAGAAUUGUCUAUUAAAAAAUGAAAGGACAAUUUUGGUAAUUGUAUACAGAGGCACUAUUUUCACAUAUUUCACAACGCUGAUGGAAAUGAGGGAGAGGAGUUUGUUGUGUACGUAGAGGAACUGCAAUAAAAUGAACUCCUCUCAUCAACUCUGGCCCCUGUUUCCACCGUCUUCCUGCAACAACUCGCCUCUCAUGAGGUUUCAGAGUGAGAAUUGAUCCUGGGAAAACAAAGGGUGUCACCGUGAGUCACUCACAGGGAACCUUUCCAUGAUGUUGUUAGACAGUUGCCAGUCUGAGUCUGUCAGUGGAUGUAAUUUUGCCGGGCACAAUGGCCGUAAAGGAAAACAUUGCAGCCACUGCAGCCAGUUCACAGCUACUGGGAGAAACGGUUUAACCUUUGAUAGAGUGAGCACGCCUCGGGACAUUAGCUGUUUUAUUCAUAAAAUUAGGCAAACUGGGAAUCAAAAUAGUUUCCAUUGGACCACUGCUUGGUGACAGGAUGCUCCAAAAAGAGGGCUAAAGGUGUAUGGAUUCUAAUAAGAGCCGACUUCAGUGUGGUACUUUAAUAAAGAAUGGACAAGGAACAGCACAACACUGUCGUCUUCAAUUUUUCAAAAAGAGAGCUGUUUACUACUAACAAUGGAUACAAAUCCAUGCAGAAAAGAUUAAGAGCUCAAUGGAAAAUCCAGAGCAUGAAGGAAGAGCUGUCUUUGGAGAAGCUGAAGGGUGUCAAGUUGUGGAUAACUGCAGGCCCGAGGGAGAAGUUCACAGCAUCCGAGCUGGAGGUACUGAAGCACUACCUGGAUGGAGCAGGAAAUGUUCUGGUCAUGCUUGGUGAAGGAGGGGAAAUGAAAUAUGAGACCAAUAUCAACUUUCUUUUGGAGGAGUUUGGAAUAAUGGUCAACAACGAUGCUGUUGUCCGGAAUGUGUAUUACAAAUACUUCCAUCCUAAGGAGGCGCUUGUGUCCAAUGGUGUGUUGAACAGAGAGAUUAGUCGGGCUGCUGGGAAAGUGGUCACAGGAAUCAUUGAAGAAGAAAAUGUUGGAAACAAUGCACAGGCUCUCACAUUUGUGUACCCAUAUGGUGCCACACUGAGUGUGAUGAAGCCUGCUGUAGCUGUUCUUUCAACUGGCUCAGUCUGCUUUCCCCUCAACAGGCCUGUCCUGGCCUUCCAUCAAGGAAAGGAGGCAGGCAAACUGGCAGUGUUGGGUUCCUGCCACAUGUUCAGUGACCAAUACAUAGACAAAGAGGAGAACAGUAAAAUCAUGGAUGUUGUGCUCCAGUGGCUCAUGACCGAUAAUAUUCAGCUAAAUCAGAUUGAUGCAGAAGACCCAGAGAUCACAGAUUACACCAUGUUGCCGGAUGCAGGCUGCCUGUCAGAACAGCUCAGAGUGUGUCUACAAGAGGGGGAUGAAAACCCCAAGGACUUUACCUCUCUCUUUGAUACGUCUUUGUUCAAUCUGUCAACUGACACGUUACCCCAAGUCAUCAGUGCUUACAAGCAGCUUAAUGUCAAAGACGAGCAACUUCAGCUGAUCACACCACAGUUUGAGACGCCUCUGCCUAAACUUCAACCUGCUGUCUUUCCACCUGCCUUAAGUGAUUUACCUCCACCUAUGCUGGACCUGUUUGAUCUGGAUGAAACGUUCUCUUCUGAGAAAGUGCGCCUUGCGCAGCUCACCAACAAAUGUACAGACGAUGAUCUUGAAUUCUAUGUGCGGAAAUGUGGUGAAAUUCUGGGGGUGACUCCAAAGUUAGAUAAAGAUCAGAGGGAUGCCAAGCACAUCUUGGAGCACAUUUUCUUCCAGGUUGUGGAGUUCAAGAAACUCAAUCAGGAACAUGACGUCGACACAGAGACACGAUUCACUCCACUGCGAUUGGAUUCAUGAAACAUGUACCAUGACAAAGCACAUCGGAGUAUAUUCUUUAGUCAAGCAUUGUUACAAUAGACCAUGCAUGAUGCUGUUUAGAAACUGCAUAAAAGUUAUUUUAUACAUUUCUAUAUUGCGUUUCAUUGUGGGGGGGAGAUGUAAAAAUACACUUAAGCAAAUACAUUUUUUUAAAUUAAAAUCUUUAUUAUUUAAAAGCAUAUGGAGCUCUCAGCAUACAAACAUUUUACCUUCACAUUUACAUGCAGCAUUUUAGAAUCCACUUUAAAUUUAUCCUUGAUGUGUGUGGGUGCAGAAGCAGUCACAAUCAUCGAUAUUAAGUGUGUGUAGACAUUCUUGGCCACGUCAGGGAGAAACUUCAGGUAAUGGAUGUUGUGUAGUCGGGGUAUUUGGACUCCAUGCUUGCUCCAAAGCGCUGGACUCCAUGCAGGAUCUGGGGCUGUUGCUGUCCGGUCUUAUCAAAGAAACCUCCCAUGACAUCUGAGAGGCAGAGAGAUCGCUGUAUGACUGGUCAAAACAAGCAGGCUUUUUUUGCUUUUGAAGAAACAUGUGGGGAGUGGAGGACUUUCCCUGUAAAGGCACAGCCAGGCGAUAGUUGUCAAUUUCUUUGUUAUAUGAAAAGCUCAGAGACGGAGAAAUGGCCUCCGAUGACAGGUAGAGAGAAGAUAGGGUGGACA